UCCAGGUGUGUACUACCGUUCAUGUGCAAACACGCGGUGUUAUGCUCGACGGUAGCUUUUUCUGUUGUUUCUAAGUUAAUCAUUUCUUACUGAUCCAUAUCACUUCAAUGCUCACGCGUACAAUUAUGUCCAUAACCGAAAAGUGUAGCUAGUUCAACAUUUUCAUACGUGGGUGCAAACGGACGGAACAGCAAUAGGACGCAACAGGAAGCGAAAUUUCCCCCAUCGAAGGAUACACACACGGUCGGUCGCAAUAACGAAAGCGCAACCAGCGGCAACUUGGAUCGUCGUGAGAGGAACGCUCUCAGUUGUUUAUAAAAAAAACAGUAAAAACAUCUGUUUCGCGAAGGAAUCAGCACCACCCAGCUAGUUGGAGGGAGCAGGGAGUUAGCAGGGCACCGGAAUAAGGAAACGCAACGACGUAUAAAGCACGACGCAGCCACGAUGAGCCGGCUAUUCGGUAGUAGUAGUGGUUCGGUGCUCGGUACGGCCGGAAGCAAAAUGUCGACGUUCCGCAAAGUGACCCACUGUAUCUUCGACAUGGAUGGGCUGUUGCUCGAUACGGAGAAAAUCUACGAAAACAUCUUGCGCGAUCUGUUGAAAUCGUACAACUCGCCGUACCCGUGGCCGACCCGCAUGAAGGUGAUGGGCACGACGGAACAGCGUACCUGCUCGAUACUGGUGAACGAUCUGAAGUUGCCCUGCACGGUGGAUGAGUUUCUGGCGCGGUUCCGACGCGACCAGCUGCUACAUCUUGGCGGGGCACCACUAAUGCAAGGCGCAGAACGGUUGGUGCGCCAUCUGCACAAACACAACGUACCUAUCGCCCUUGCCACCAGCUCCGGCGCCGAUUCGGUUGAAGUGAAGACAAAGAACCAUCGCGAACUGUUCGAACUGUUCGGCCACAAGGUGAUGGGUUCGUCCGAUUCGGAGGUAAAGGAAGGCAAACCGGCGCCGGACAUUUUUCUCGUCGCAGCAGCCCGCUUCCAGGACCGUCCCGCACCCGACCACUGCCUGGUGUUCGAGGAUGCACCGAACGGUGUGACGGCGGCCAUUGCGGCCGGUAUGCAGGCGGUGAUGGUGCCCGAUCCGCACAUCCAGGAAGAUCAGCGAAAGCACGCGACCGUAGUACUGAAAUCGUUGGAAGAAUUCCGCCCGGAACAGUUCGGACUGCCCGCUUUUACGUGAGAUGCUAGCCGUUAGGCGAAUAUUCAACCCGAUGGCUUUUACAGUCUGGUGCCAGCCACAGUUACUCUUAGAUCGGCGGGAACAGUAUUUUCAAAGCGCACCAAACGUGGAAAUUUAACGAAUGUUUCAGUUUGCGUAGUACGUGCACAAUAUUCGUUACCGCGAGCCCAACUAUUUGUGCCCCCUUUUGUUUAUAUUUCUCGGACAGCUUUUUUUUAGUGCGAUUGACUAAGUCGUUAGAAGGAAACUGCUUGAUGAAUGUAAGGCAAGGCAGGAAAAAUACAUUGUUGUGAUCGGUAGAGAAUGUUGUGUGGUUCAAUGUUUAAUUU